UGAGAGUAAGCGUACUAGUAGUAAUGAUAGCAUUAUACACGUUACUAGUAGUAAUGAUAGCAUUAUACACGUUACUAGUAGUAAUGAUAGCAUUAUACACGCUACUAGUAGUAAUGAUAGCAUUAUACACGCUACUAGUAGUAAUGAUAGCAUUAUACACGUUACUAGUAGUAAUGAUAGCAUUAUAAAUGCUACUAGUAGUAAUGAUAGCAUUAUACACGCUACUAGUAGUAAUGAUAGCAUUAUACACGCUACUACACCAAAUGAAUUCGAAUUUCUGGCGCAUUUCGAAGGCUAA